CCGGACUUUUAAAUUCUAAUUCUCUCAUUAUCGUGCAUCUCUUACUAUUCGUUCGAUGUCUUCAAUGGAGGAAGAAGAGUGUACAUGUAACAAGUUGAAUUCAUUUAAAAGUCCAUGGUGUGAUUCUGAUUGUUUUGUCGUCAUAACUGGUGCAAGUCGUGGAUUUGGUCAAGCAUUUGCUGUGGAACUAGUAAAAUCAAUGUCAUCUGGAGAAGAUCAUGCUGCUUCUUUGAAUGUUUUAUUAAUGGCUCGUGAUGUUAAUGGUCUUCGUGUAACUGAAUCUAAGAUGUAUGCUGCCUUACCGAAUCAAUCAAAAAUGAAAUUAACCAUCUUAGUCUCUUCCUCUGCACUUGAUAUGUCUAAUGCAAAUAAGGAAAAUUUAACAAAUGAAUUAAAACCUCUAGUUAUUGAAUUAACCAAAUCACAAAUGGUCACAUCUAAUUCUCACGGGCAAAAAUCACAAUGGAAUCUACUUGUACACAAUGCAGCAACAUUAGGUAAUGUAAAUUUAAAAUCCAAUGAAUAUUUUCAUGAAGAAACAUUAACUACUUAUUAUCAUAUAAAUUUAAUUGCACCAAUAUUGUUGACAAAUUUAUUUUUACAACAUUUUAUGUCCGCAAAUCAUCAUCCUCGUGAUAUUAACAAUCAUAAUCAGAAACAAUCAAUCACGAUUGUAAAUAUAUCUAGUUUAGCAGCUAUUCAACCAUUAUCAUAUAUGUCGAAUUAUUGUGUAGGGAAAUCUGCCAGAGAAAUGUAUUUCAAAUGUUUAUCCAUUGAUCAACCUCAUUUAGCUAUCAUGAAUUAUUCACCUGGUCCAUUGAAUACAGAUAUGUUACAAGAGAUUAUCGAUAAUCAUGGUGAUUUACAAAUACGUCAUCGAUUUGCACAUCAAAUGAAAAUUAUUGAACCCAGCGAAUCAGCACGUGUUUGUAUUGGUUGGCUUAGAAAACAAAUUCCUUCUUGUGAGCAAGAUGUAGUUGGUUGUGGUAGGCAGGAUGAUGAUGAUCAUGCCGAAAUGACACCGAAAUUAAUACAUUGUACAAAACAUGACAAGCGAUUUGUGAAUUUAUGGUCAGGUGAUCAUUUAGAUUAUUUUGAUGCUGUGGAGAAAGUUUGAAGAUGAGAAGUUGACAGAGAAAAAAAACAAACAGCUGUCUGUCCUCAUUGUGUAACGUACGUGUGAGUGUGAGUGUCAGUAUCAGUGUGUUGACAAUAAAAUUCUUGAUUUUCUGUCAUGAUAAUCUUAUACUUAUGAUUCUAUAGUUAUCUAAAUUUUAAAAC